AAAAAAAUUUCAGUUAACUCAUAUUCCUAAGUAUUUCAAAUGCCGGAAUUGAAGAAACUAUUCUCUGGCAAGAAAUUCUUUGUAAAGCAAACGGAGCCUUUAUAAUGUUAUAAGAUAUACCAGGAAGAGAGAAAAAGAAUUUUUGCAGAAAGCCACAUAAAAAUAAUGGGGCCUAAAUGUAUAUCCCAGAAGUUAAUGGGGACACAAUGGUCAUUUCGCCGAGCUCCAGUCUUCCUUCCUCCGCAAUUUCCUUCUCGGAAGCUCAGUCGCAGUUCUUCUUGUUCAUCGCCAUCGCAAUCGCAAUCGCAGAAAUUCAUAACCGUCCCGGCAUGGAGAACGGCGAUUCCAACGCCGCCGCCGCCGCCGCCCCGCCGCCUCCCAAUCCCGACCGCAUCAAGCUCAACGUUGGCGGCAAGCUCUUCGAGACGACGGCCUCCACCCUCCGGUCCGCCGGCCCCGACUCCCUCCUCUUCGCCCUCUCCAGCCGAGCCGCCCAGGACCCCGACCCCGACCCCAGCCCCAUCUUCAUCGACCGCGACCCGGACAUCUUCUCCGCCAUCCUCUCCCUCCUCCGCACCGACCGCCUCCCCUCCACCGCCCUCCGCUUCUCCAAGCAGGACCUCGCCGACGAGGCCGUCUACUACGGCGUCGAAUCCCGCCUCCGCUCCGCCAUGUCCCCGGCUCCCCUCGACGGCAUCGACGCCUCCGUCGUCGCCACCGUCCGCCCCGCCUCCGAGGGCCUCCCCUCCGCCCUCUCCGCCCACCCCGACGGCUCCGUCUGGAUCGCCCACGGCGGCCAGAUCUCCAGCUACGACUGGAACCUCGCCCACUCCGCCACCGUCCGCACGCACCUGGACGACGUCACCUCGAUCCGCCGCGUCUGGCCGGAGAUAGCCGCCGCGGGGUCGGAAUCGGCCGCCGGCCUCCACUUCUACGACUUCUCCAGCGGCCUCCACGUCGGCGCCGCCCACUGGAACGACCCGACGGACCCGCGGAUCCACAAGGCCUGGGUCACGGCCGUCGCCGACUCGCCGGGCUCGGUGUACGCCGCGUUCGAGUGCCCGCACAGGGAGAACUGCGUCCUCGAGGUCGACAAGUCCACGCUCCAGAUCGCGUCCGCGCUGGGCCGGCAGCCGGGCAGCUCCACCAAGCACAUGGCCCCCGGGAAGCUCGCCUGGUUGCCGGAGAUGGGCCUCCUCGCGGGGAGCGCCGUCACGUGCGGCGCGUUCGGGUACUCGGGCUACAUCCGGCUGUGGGACCCGAGGUCCGGGAAGGUGGCGUGGGAGACGAACGAGCCCGGGUCGGGGCGGAGCAGCCGGUUCGGGGACUCGUUCGCCGACGUGGACGCCGACGCCGAGUCGUCGAGGCUGUUCAAGGUGUGCUCCAAGUCGGGGGACCUCGGGAUGGCGGACCUGCGCAAGCUGGGGGACGACCCGUGGGUGUACCUGAGGGAGAAGAACCCGGGCAUGGGGAACACGGCGAGGAGCGGCGGCGGGACGAGCGUCGUGCGGUGCUACCGGGGGCAGGUGUUCGUGGGGAGGGAAGGGGAGCUGGAGGUGUGGUCGAGGGCGGCGGCGGGGGCGGAGAAGGCGGAGGGGGCGGAUGAAGGGGAGGAAAUGUAUAGGAGGAAUUAUGUGAAUAGAGAGAGGGAGAGGGGAGUGAUACGGCGGAUAGACGGCGGCGGGAACCGGCUGUUCGUGGGUAGGGUGGGGGUGGAGGGGGUUGAGGUGUGGGAGAGCUCUAGAUUUGCUGUCGUCGUUCCGGCCUCGUGACCUCUCUUUUGAUUUUUUGGCACUUGAAUCGCUGCUAGUUUUGAGAACUUUUUGCAGUGGUUCCUAUCUCGUUUACUCAAAGAUCCAGAACGUGCAAUGCUCGCUCGCUCGCUCGGCCUGGCUGCGGCGCUUUGAUUUGCUCGCCCUUUGGUUAAGUUGUGGGUGAAGAUGGGCAGUAGUUUUUGGCGGUGAAGAUGUGAAUGAGGAAGUCUCUUGUAUAUGCAAUUUGAUGAUUUCUCGAUCUGAUGAUGAAUUCAUUUUCGCAUUUCCCUCUUAUCA